AGUCUGUGCUCCUACAACAGAAAGAUCCCUCCACCUCAGUGAACACUUCCUCAUAGAGGGCGAAAGGAACUAGAGCAUGUGGUGCGGGAUUUGUGCAAUCCGUUAUGGCUGAAAAGAAGAAUACACUGGAUGUUUUGCCAUCAGAAAUGGUUUACAAAAUACUUGCCUAUCUUGACUUGAAACAUUUAUAUGUUGCAGCCAGAGUAUGUAAAACAUGGAACAGCGUAGCAAAAGAAUAUGAUAUACUAUGGAAGAAGUUUUGUUUGGCCCUACCAGAUGCAUGUAAGGAAAGAAUAAAUAAUUAUCGAGACUCUGGAUAUUCCUGGAAGGAAACCUUAGAAAGAACCAAAAUGGAUUCAGCAAGAGAAAGAGUGCAGCAAAAUUGGCUUAAUGGACGGUAUAGUCAAAUUAGAUCGUUUAAAGAGCUUCCGCAGAACAGUAUGUGUCCACUGGAUAAAAAUACUUGGGGGGAGAUCCUUGAAGCCGAAGAGAGAAGGAACUAGGCAAUAUAUAAUGACAUUUGGAUGGGGACUACAGCCAUGUAUAGAGCCACAGGUUCAAGUGACUUAUUACAUUUAUCUUCAUCUACGACCAUGAAGGAAACCACUGAUGCAACAUAUUCUUAAGUGAAACAUGCAUUCUACUAGUUUUAUUGUAAAUAGAUUUUUAAUAGUUAUCUUUUUAUAACCUCUUGCCAUAUCAUGUUAAUAGUGCAAUAUAACAUAUGUACUGUACGAUGGUGACAGCCUAAAAUAUUACAAAUACAGAUGCAAAAUGCAAUUACUUGUGUUACCUGGCCCAAACUAAGACGCACUUUCUAUGUGUCACAGUUCCUCUAUCUUUCUAAACAAGUAAACCAUGAAUAUACUGUAUAUUCACAUUUUGCUUUGCCCCUAUGGCUCAACUCCUGCAGCAUAUCACUAUGCACCUCUUUCUCUAUUCCAAAUCUGUAACUAAAGAACUAAGAAAGUGUGAAAUGGUUAGAGCUAUGUAUUCAGGGCUGUCCAACUAGAGGCCCACAGAUAAGAUGCAGUGUUCCAAUGGCUUUUUAUAGUCUCCUGCCCUUCCAAGGGCUAAAUGUAUUUGUAUGCCAUUGUUAUUAUUUUAAAAAAUGUGGCCCUUAAACAUUUAUCAUGACAAGAAAUCAGGCCAGUACAUGUAAAAAUGCAUACUGUAGCACUGAUCUAGGCAAUACAUUUUGCAGAUAGGCAGAGGCUUGAAGCCAUUAAGUUUCUCUUUACUAUUGCCCCUCUCUACAAUCUUCUUUCUCAUCUCAUGACAGGUAGGUCAGAAAAGAGCAUCCCUUUCCUUGCAAAUCUAUAAAAUCUAACUCAAAUAAACAACUCCAACACAAACAAACAGCUAACAAUGCUAACAAUAACUGACUCUGGCACAAAUCCAGCCUUUAGAGAGUCAGUUAUUUUGUAAGUGUAAGCUCUAGUUCAUCUUCUAAGCCAGUGCUGUCCAACUUCUGUGGUGCCGAGGGCCGGAAUUUCUUUAGCAUACAUAGUGGAUGGGCGCUAAUGGAAGCCAGUUUUGACCACUCCCCUUUAUAAAACUGCACCCAUUUCAAACCACACCCAUAUUAUGAUGAUGGUCAUAGCGCAGGAAAAACCCAAAUGCUUGGUCCUUUCUGUGAGGAUAUCAACCAUCACUCAUAUGUGAAAGAAUUAUAUUAUGUC